AUGAAUGUAUGGAUGUUGGUGAGUAUUGCGAGUCUCCUCGGUACAGCUGAGUCAUGGUGCAAGCCAAUGGAGAGAGCUGAUAUUGUGUUUGUCUUCGAGGAAUCCUUUAGCACAGGAGAGAUGAAAUUCCCCAGUGAGUGGAACUCUCAGAAAGAAAUGCUGGCCAAAUUUGUAGAUCAGAUGUACAUAGACCCAGACAACGGAAUCCGAGUUGGAGGGGUCACGUACAACACAGAAGCGAAGGUACGCUUUAACCUUAACACACACACAACCAAAUCAGACAUUAUGAGCGCCAUUAAGGGCAUACCAACAGACAGAAGAAAAGAGAUAUAUGAAAAUGACACUGACUACUCAUAUAAAGGGCUACAGAAAGCUUAUGAUUCUGUGUUUGUGUCGAGUAAUGGAGAUAGGCCAGACGCCCCUAACUACUAUAUAUACACUAGUGACUAUAUUUUUCCCGAUGAUGACCCUUAUAGCGAGGGGCUUGAUAUAAGGAUGGCCGGAGAGAAUUAUAUUUGGGCGAUAGGUGUCAAGUCAGCGCAAACCCAAGGUAUACUUUCUCAGUCUGUGGGAUCGGAUGGAAAAUAUUACACCGGAUCCAGUUUUCAGGCUCUAAACACGGUUGACCAUGCUAAGACAUUCUGGGAGAUGCUUAGCGGAUGUCCUAUCCUUGAUCCUGCAAUCGGCAAAUAUUAUUGUUUUUCUGUUCCACUUUUAUACUUUGAGGACCCCGCGGUUGCUACAGCGAGUACAGAGACGUGUGAAGAGGACGAAGGGAUGAUGUUCCUGAUGCAGGACUCCUUGUUUGAUAUAAACUGUUGUGGUAUAAUAUCAGCCUGGGAGUUUUAUCCUUGUAAAGCAGGAAUUGUCCAGUUUAUGGUCUGGACCUAUAAAUCAGGCACAAUAUAUGAACUCAAAGCUAUACAGGAAGUGGAGGUUCUAGAUACCGAUCUUGGAAAAUCUCUGAAUUAUACUGUACCUGAAGAAGAACGCAUUGCAAUUGUUGCAGGAGAUAGAAUCGGCUGGCGAUCGAAAACCAAGAACAUCAUAUCAUACCAAGCCUGUGAUUAUCUGACCGAUAGAUACUGUCCGCAGAAUACAUAUCGCACACAGUUCACUGAAGACCCAUAUGAAUACAUGCAAUUUGACUGGUCAGAACAAUUUCCAAAUUCAACUGCAGUCGAAAAAUUAACAAAUCGAGGGUACACUAUCAAAGUGUAUGCUAACAAUAAUACAGUGAUCUCUUUUGAAGAAUCAUUUUACCUGACGUCAGCAGCAGAUCACUGGCCAAUAGGAACAAGCUUCUCUUCCUUCGCUGUCCUAGGACAAGAUUACAAGGAGAACGUAACAUAUUCCUGGGCCUUGAAAAACGAUUACAUAGAUUUGAAUGAAUCAUUCAGUUUUACACAAGUUGGGAAACAACUGGAACCUUCAGAGAGUCCGCAAGGAAUGGCUGGGUACUUAGCAAAGCUGAGAGUGGUUGAUACGUGCAGAAAUACUGCCACAACCACUUUCAGUGUAGAAACUUUUAAUGGUCCACCUAUUAUAACAAAUUUUCCAAGGGAGAUAUCAGUGCUGGAAACUCAGGGAGGAAAUGCUGAAAUUUAUAAAGUGGCAGUAUAUGACCCCACGGUCCCUCCCGACCCUGUUUGCUGUACACUGGAAAGUGUCCGACCUCAGACAGCUAAUUUUGAAAUUAAACUUAUCAAUGGUACACAGUUUUUAUUAUUUACACAAGAAAAACCUAUAUUCGCUUAUAGAGACGUAAAUUCUUAUAUGUUAACUGUGUGUUGUGAAGAUGGAUAUGGAACGGUGAAGGGUAUCCUGAAAAUCGACGUGUUAGAGGUCAAAGAAAAUGAAAUAUAUACGCCCCCUUCUUGGUUCAUUACGUCGAUAAUAGCCAGCCUUCUUCCCAUCACCGUCAUGUUCGUAUGCGCCUGUGUUCUUCUCAUCGAGUCUUUUUUUCUGGUGAAGCAAGGUGUGAAUGGAUGAUGUUUCUUCAUGAAAGUGGAAACUUUAAAGUACUGAAAGAUAUACCACACUUUUUUCACAAUUACUACA